CAAGGCAAAGGCGGACAAAAGCCCCGUCCUCCACUCUCCUCCUCAGUUUGCUCCGUUUCCCCCAAAUCCGCCGCCCGACCCAACAAAACCCUUGCGGCGGCGACCCACCCCAUCUCCGGCGGCCAGGCGGAAUGGAGCGCUCUGCGGCGGGCGCCUCGUACCAGCGCUUCCCGCGCGUGCGGAUCCGCGAGCUCAAGGACGAGUACGCCAAGUUCGAGCUCAAGGACACCGACGCGAGCAUGGCCAACGCCCUCCGUCGCGUCAUGAUCGCCGAGGUCCCCACCGUCGCCAUCGACCUCGUCGAGAUCGAGAGCAACUCCUCCGUCCUCAACGACGAGUUCCUCGCGCACCGCCUCGGCCUCAUCCCGCUCACCUCCUCCGGCGCCAUGUCCAUGCGCUUCUCCCGCGACUGCGACGCCUGUGACGGGGACGGCUCCUGCGAGCACUGCUCCGUCGAGUUCCACCUCGCUGCCCGCGCCACCGACUCCGGCCAGACGCUCGAGGUCACCUCCACCAAGGACCUCCGCUCCACCGACCCCAAGGUCUGCCCUGUCGACCAGCAAAGGGAAUACCAGCAGGCCCUCGGCAAUGUCGACGCCUACGAGCCCGAUGCUGCCGGUGACCACAGAGGCAUAUUAAUUGUAAAGCUGCGCCGUGGGCAAGAGCUGCGUCUUCGAGCAAUUGCCAGGAAGGGAAUUGGAAAGGACCAUGCCAAAUGGUCUCCAGCUGCUACUGUGACCUUCAUGUAUGAGCCUGAUAUACGUAUUAAUCAAGAACUCAUGGAGACACUCACACUUGAGGAAAAACAAAGCUGGGUGGAGAGCAGCCCUACAAAAGUAUUUGACAUUGAUCCUGUCACCCAACAGGUGACGAUUGUGGACGCAGAGGCAUACACAUAUGACGAUGAGGUGAUCAAGAAAGCAGAGGCCAUGGGGAAGCCAGGAUUGGUAGAGAUCAACGCCAAGGAGGACAGCUUUGUGUUCACUGUGGAAACAACAGGCGCCAUCACAGCCUACGAGCUGAUUAUGAAUGCUAUCACGGUCCUGAGGCAGAAGCUGGACGCCGUUCGCCUGCAAGAUGAUGACGGUGAUCUUUUGGACCUCGGUGCCCACCUUACCGGAGGCUAACCGCUUUGUCUGGGAAAGAAAUGGGCAGCCGUAUCUUUCUUUCUUCCGUGUCUAGGCCCGUCUCGUCUAACUAGCGUGUUUGUGGCAAGAGGUGAUGGAUGCUUCCUUUGAUAUCCAGUACCAAAACUCUACGGUAAUCGUCUUUGUAUCCCUCUGUUUAUGUCCUGACCUCUGCCGGAACUCUGUAUGUGCAACCCCCAAAAAAAAGAAAAAUGGGCACUGAAGCUUAGCCGCA